AUGACGCAGGAACCCGAAUCGAAGCCAGCUUUGUGGGGGGGCUCACCACAAUACGACUAUGUCUGCUUUGAGAAAUGCACCCGUUACGGGAUACCCCUGGAGGCAGGACGUGAGGCCGGGGGCACAGGGGACGAGCCGCGCUGCCAGGAGAACUCCCUCAGCUACCCACAGCUUUAUGGCAAAUACACAGACCAGAUAACUGACAUUUCAGAGAAGGAAGGAGCAAACCUAUUGAAGAAACAGGCCCAAAAGAACAAUGGAAGACACCUGAAACGUGACAGUCAAGUACAGAUCAAAGAAGAACACUAUUCCAAAUGUCAAGCCUGUGCUAAACGCAUGCAGAAAUAUAUUACCAAGAAGCUUGGAGAGGACUGGAUUUUCUUGGUUCUCCUGGGUCUGGUCAUGGCGUUGGUGAGCUGGGGAAUGGAUUAUGCCAGUGCGAAGAGCCUACAGGCCUACAAGUGGAUGUACAGAGAGCUGCACCCAAAUGUUCCUCUGCAGUAUGUGGUGUGGGUUGCAUAUCCACUUGCUCUCAUUCUGUUUGCGGCCAUUGUCUGCCACCUCGUCUCUCCACAGGCUGUUGGGUCUGGGAUCCCAGAGCUCAAGACCAUUAUGAGGGGAGUGGUCCUCAAGGAAUAUCUCACUCUCAAAGCUUUUGUGGCCAAGGUUGUGAGCCUUACAGCCGGGCUUGGAAGUGGCAUGCCUGUGGGGAAAGAGGGUCCUUUUGUUCAUAUUGCCAGUAUCUGUGCUGCAGUACUCAGCAAGUUCAUGUCAAUCUUCUGUGGUGUGUAUGAGCAGCCAUAUUAUUACACGGAUGUCCUGACUGUGGGGUGUGCUGUGGGCGUUGGCUGCUGCUUUGGGACACCACUUGGAGGGGUGCUUUUCAGCAUUGAGGUCACUUCCACUUACUUUGCUGUGCGCAAUUAUUGGAGAGGUUUCUUUGCAGCUACCUUUAGUGCCUUCAUUUUCCGAGUUCUUGCUGUUUGGAACAAGGAUGCAGACACCAUCACAGCCCUGUUCAGAACAAACUUCCGUAUGGAUUUCCCCUUUGAUCUGAAAGAGCUGCCAGCAUUUGCUAUAAUAGGCAUAUGUUCCGGGUUCCUUGGAGCGUUUUUUGUUUAUCUCAAUCGCCAAGUGGUCCUGUGCAUCCGGCGUCACAAGGCUCUGAGCCAGUUUCUCACCAAAUACCGACUCAUAUACCCUGGGGUUAUAACCUUCCUUAUAGCAACUGCGACAUUUCCUCCUGGAUUUGGCCAGUUCAUGGCAGGAGAGUUGAUGCCACGGGAAGCCAUCAGCACUCUUUUUGAUAACUAUACCUGGAUAAAACACACUGGGGACACUCAGAUCCUAGGCAAAUCUGCUGCUUGGAUCCAUCCUAAAGUCAGCAUCUUCAUUAUCAUCCUGCUCUUCUUCCUCGUGAAGUUCUGCAUGUCUGCUGUUUUUACUACGAUGCCAAUCCCCUGUGGAGGCUUCAUGCCUGUUUUCGUAUUAGGUGCUGCAUUUGGACGUCUUAUUGGGGAAAUCAUGGCAGCACUUUUUCCCAACGGAAUCCUCUUUGAUGAUAUUGUUUAUCAAAUCUUACCUGGAGGUUAUGCUGUCAUUGUCUUCUCUCCCUAUUCCUUUUCCACCCUACCUGGGAAAGGUGCAGCAGCUUUGACAGGAGCCGUGAGCCACACUGUCUCCACUGCUGUGAUCUGCUUCGAGCUGACAGGUCAGAUCUCUCACAUCCUCCCUAUGAUGGUGGCUGUCAUUCUUGCCAACAUGGUGGCCCAGAGUUUGCAGCCCAGUCUCUAUGACAGCAUCAUCCAGGUGAAGAAGUUGCCCUACCUGCCAGACCUGGGCUGGAAUCACAUAAGCAAAUACAAUAUCUUUGUGGAGGAUAUUAUGGUCCAAGAUGUGAAAUUUGUCUCCUCCAACUGUAAAUACCGAGACUUGCAAACUGUACUCCAAAGCACCACAGUGAAGACUUUGCCUUUGGUGGACUCACCAGAAACCAUGAUCCUUCUGGGGUCUGUAGAGCGAUCUGAACUGCAAGCUCUCCUCCAGAGACAUAUAAGCCCAGAACGACGACAGCUCCUCAACAGAGAAAUGCAGCAGAAGCUGUCUGAGGCACCCUACGAUGGAUACAGCCAGGGACCCUGGGCAAACCUGCCAAAGCUGAAGCAUGACUCCUUUGCUUAUGUUGAUGAGGAUGAGGAUACAGAUGAGAAGGGAGAGCUGCCUCGGUCCCCAAGUCCCACUCCCAGUUACCCAGAGGAGCCAAAUGGCCUGACAAGUCCUCUUAAACAAAUGACUGAAACUUUGGAGCCCCAGCAACACUCAGGCAAUGCCAGGAGUUUGAGGCAACUGAUCCAGCAGCUCUUGUGCCAUUGCAGCCGUCCGCAUGAAACAGAGAGCACUGUCCAGGAUCCAGUGGAAGCUGUGGAGACAAUGACACCAGAAGAGAUAGAUGCUUGGGAACAGGAGGAGCUGAACAAGAACGUGUGCUUUGACAGCUGCCGCAUAGACCCCUGCCCUUUCCAACUGGUGGAGAGAACUUCCCUGCACAAGACGCAUACGUUGUUCUCAUUACUGGGCCUCAGCCACGCCUAUGUAACCAGUAUGGGGAAGCUGAGGGGAGUGCUGGCUUUGGAAGAGCUCCAGAAGGCAAUAGAGGGUUCCACGCGCUCCGGGGUUCGUCUCCGCCCACCCCUCGCCAGUUUCCGUAAUACCAACCGGACUUCCACCAACAGUGAGAAGGUCACUCAGGCCACUCAGGCGUGGAACCGGGAGGACAAUGGCAUGGUGGCAGCACAGCAAGCAGUGCCUUUGGGCACAGAGAGCCCACUGCCUCCCUGCUCGGACUCCCCCCAGCCCUCAAACUCACAUGAAGAGGGGGAAGUCCCAUGCUCCACUUCUGCCACUGAUACUGAGUUGGAAGAGCUGGAGCUUACAGGGCCAGUUGCUGAAAACAUCUCAGACAUCCUCAGGGACAUAAGCCUACGCACCACUGACCUGGAUGAAGAUGAAGAUGAAGAUGAGGAUGAAGAGGUCCGCUUAUAGCUGGUGUGAGGGUAGUAGUCCAUCACACUCUUCAGUGAGCCAGUCUUCUUGUGUUUGCUCCUCAAAGGGAAGCUUUUGGACAUUCUUUGCAAUCCCCACAGAGGUAUGAUUCAGCUGCGAGGAGGGGCAUCAGACCAACCCUUUCUUCUGCUGCAUUGUCUCUGUGCAAAGACUGUUGGGCUGUUGGACUAUACACGUGUGUGCAGGCAUCGGAUGUGGACUGGAAGGUGCCAAAGUACAGGCUCAUAAUGCUUAGGCUUCUGCUGU